AUGAAUAACCACGAGUCUGAGUCAGUGGUGCUUAUCGAUCACCCUAUCCCCUCGGUCGUGAGAAUCACCCUGAAUCGGCCGAAAUCCUUGAACGCCUUGAAUGUGCCUUUGCUACGUUCUCUUGUCGAAGCACUUCGAAACAAUGCCAUUGCUCGUAUCAUCAUUCUUGAGGGACAAGGUGACCGGUCAUUCUGUGCCGGCGAAGAUCUCAAGCAGACUCUGGCACCAGAAACGGGCUCGGCUGAAGAGCUGAAACAGGCUUUUGACCAGUUGCAAGAUAUUACUCGUCUUACUUCAUCCUCUCAAUCCAUCGUCAUUGCUGCUGUGCAGGGCUUCGCCAUCGGCGGCGGUGCAGAGAUUGCACUAGCAGCAGACUUCGUUAUCGGUGGGCCCGGAGCCAAGUUUCGCUUUCCGGAAGUCUCACUUGGCCAUGCUGUUACAGGAGGCAUCAGCCUUCGCUUGCCCCAUAUGGUGGGACUGUUGAAAGCCAAGGAAUUGCUCCUCACUGGCCGUUGGGUGGAUGCCGACGAAGCCCUCAAGCUCGGCCUCCUGACAGAGAUGAACCAUGACCCCAAAGUGCGAGCAUUGGAGCUUGCGAGGCAGCUCUCUGAGCUUCCGAGCAUCUCAUUGUCAUCCUCCAAAACAUCUUUAGAGAGGACGCUUUUCGAUAACAUGGAGUCAUGCUUGCAGGAUGAAGUGAACGUGGCUAGUCACUGUUUCGCCCAGAGUGAUGCAGCGUUGGGUUACGCCAACUUUGCGGCUCGGAAGGUGGCCACCACACCAUCAGGUCAUGAAACCAACGCUGCCGAAAUGGGCAAGAUUAGAGAUCUUAACACGGCACUAUGCAAUUCUGUUAAAACUUUCCCGGAACGACCAUUCUUUCGCUUUGGAGGUCAAGACGUCACUUUCCAACAGUUCAACACAGCAGUGGGAGCACUUGCUGGUGGCCUAAGGAAGCUCGGUAUCGCUUCAGGCGAUAGAGUUCUCGUUAUGAUGAGAAACAGUGUUGAAAUGGCGUAUUCAUGGAUGGCUGUUAAUCGACUUGGGGCAAUUUGGGUACCAAUCAAUCCUGAGCUCAAGUCUGUCACGCUCAAAGGUGUCAUCACAUCCGCUCAACCCAAGCUAGCCAUUGUCGAUGAAGAACUGUUGCCUGAGCUCCAACAGACUGGCGUAGUUGACGAUGCCUGUGUAUUUGUUAACAAGCCGGAUGGGACUGGUCCCCAGAGCUUCUCUAACUUGAUGAAGCAGGCUACAUCGGUUACAGAGCCUGUGAGCGUCACUCCCGCCACAACAUCGGCAUUGCUGUACACUAGUGGCACCACUGGGAAGUCUAAGCCCUGUGUUCUCUCACAUGAGUACUUUCUUCUUCAGGCCAAGGCAUUGAUCGAGAGUUGCGAAUUACGAGACAACGAUGUACUUUACUGCCCAUUCCCCAUGUUCCAUCUGGAUGCCACGGCCUUGACCAUGAUCCCCGCCCUCUUGCUAGGCGCCAUUGCUGCAGUAUCGCUUAGGUUCAGCGCCAGCAAGUUCUGGGACGAGAUCCGUGCCACAAGGGCCACGGUCUAUAAUUAUAUGGGAGCUACGCUGGCAAUCACAUACAAGCAACAGCCCAACGAACGAGACCGCGACCACAACGUUCGACUUGCUUGGGGUGUACCUCUGCCAAACUUCGCGCAAGAGUAUGAGCAGAGGUUCGGUCAUUCAUUAAUCACUUUGUACGGAAGUGUCGAGUCCGGCAUUCCUGUUUUCCAAAGACUCGGGGUUCCUUCUCCCCCAGGAUCCUGUGGACGUGCACGAAAAGGAUACCAACUACGUAUUAUCAACGACUUGGGCGUCGAGGUUCCAGUCAACACUCCCGGCCACCUUCUAAUUCGUAGUGACCAUCCCAACGCCAUGCUGAAAGAGUACUUUGGGGAUCCUACAUAUACAGCUUCAGCAUUCAAAAACCUCUGGCUACACACAGGUGAUCUGGCCAAGGUGGAUGAACAUGGCAACAUGUACUUUGUCGGCCGAGACAAAGAUGUUGUGCGCCGACGUGGCGAGAAUGUCAACGCUAGCGAAGUGGAGGAUGAGUUCUUUUGUCAUCCAGACGUCGUCGUUGCAGCAGCAUAUGGCGUGCCGUCACAGUUGGGCCCGGGUACAGAGGACGACCUCAAAUUAGCUGUGCAGCUCCGUCCGGGAAGCACAGUGACAGAGGAAGAGCUUUGGCAAUGGUCGGUUACUCAUGUAGCUCGAUUUCAGGUGCCGAGUGUGAUAGAGAUUGUACAAGAUAUUAAAAGGACACCGACAGGGAAAUUGGAUAAAGCAACAAUGCCUUUACUUAGGAAAUAA